AUGGUGCUGAUGGUACGGAUCAUGGUGAUUGUAGUUGAUAGUGGUAAUAAUCGUGAUGAUAAUGAUCAUGAUGUAGAUGGCAAUGAUCGUGAUGAAGUUGUUAAAAUUAUGAGAACGAUCGAUCAUGCUGUCGGUGACGAUCACGAUAUUUGUAAUGAUGGUCAUCACGAUGGUAUUGAUCAUGAUGUUGGUAAUGGUCGUAAUGGUGGUAACGAUCAUGAUGUGGAUGGUAAUAAUAAUUAUGAUAAUGGUAAUGAUCACGAUGAAAAUGAGAAUGAUCAUGAUUGUUAUGAUCAUGAUAACGAUAGUAUUGAUGGCAAUGAUCAUGGUAUUGAUCAUGAUAGCAGUAACGAUCAUGAAGUUGAUGAUAGUGUUUACGAUGAUUGUUAUUGA